AUGAUCGACCAGCUGAACAGUGGUGCCGUGGGUGAGGAUGGUCCUCGCGUACCCCGCGAAUUGGGACGCAGUCAUGUCAAGUUACUGGAUGAGCUUGGGCGCGGUGCAUUUGGUAUCGUUUACAAAGCACUGCUGGAAGAGCCUGGCAUGCCGGGCUAUAUCGUGGCUUGCAAGUCGCUCCAUGAGGCCAACCAAGGCGGUGCCAUGCGCGAGCUUUUGGAGGAAGCGGCCGUGACCGCGCAGUUUGUACAUCCCAACGUCGUGCACCUUAUUGGCGUCGUGUCUGUGGGCAAGCCACUGCUUGUGGUACUGGGCUUUUGCGAGCGUGGCAGUUUAAAAUCAUAUCUGGAGGAGAACGGGCCCAUGGUAUCCGAUGAACAGCGCGCAUACUUUGCCUUUCAGUGUGCCUCGGGUAUGGAGCAUGUGGCAUCCUUUGGCUUUAUCCAUCGCGACAUCGCGGCGCGUAACAUCUUGUUGGCCAGUGAUCUGAGCUGUAAAGUCUCUGAUUUUGGUCUAGCCCGCGAGUCGCCCAACACAGAUGACUCGCACGCCGCCUACUACCGCUCGCGCUCCGGUAACUUGCCCGUGCGUUGGUCGGCUCCUGAGGCGCUCGAGGAUCAAAAGUUCUCACAUGCCUCGGACUCAUGGGGCUUCGGUAUCCUCAUGUAUGAGAUUUACACCGAUGCAGAGAUGCCGUACAAGGGGUGGAGCAACCAACGCGUCUGGGUCGAGGUGUCCGCCGGCUUUCGGCUGCCGCGACCUGAGACUUGCCAUGAGAGCGUUUAUGAGAUCAUGAUGGAUUGUUGGAUGCAUACGCCAGCAGAUCGCCCCACCUUCUCGGACAUCGUU